AUGCGACCUGACACGCAGGUAUUCCCCGGCAUUUCUUUCUCCACCCGCAAAGAGAAGAAGGUGGGAAUACAGCCCUCUUGUUCGGAGUUCAUUAUGGGCCUGUUCAGUGAGCUCUCCUCAAAAACUGAAGUGACAGUCAUUAAUGGGACUCUGAUAAUAAACCGUGUGAUCAGAGCAGAUUCAGGGAAUUACAGAUUAACACUUGUUGACUCAGACGGCUCAGAAACAUCUAGAGAUCUUCAAGUGAUUGUUGAAGCUCCUAUUGGCUCAGUGGAAGUGUCAAUCAUCUGCUCCUCCAGUGGGGUGAUGAGGGUGUCCUGCUCCUCUGAGGGGGAUCCGCUCCUCUACAGCUGGACUCUGAAUGGAGAUCCACUGAUGAUUGGAAACAGCAGCAUUGAUCUGGAUGAGGGAACUGAUGGAGACAUCAGCUGCAGCGUGAAGAACCACGUCAGUCACGCACAGAAGACCAUUAGACUCAAACCCUGUCCUGGACCAACUACUGCAGCUGUGACCUCUAGUGUGACCUCUAGUGUGACCUCUGCAGUGACCUCUGCAGUGACCAGCAGCACACAGACACCAGAAUGUGUGUCUGUGGUGUUUGUGCUGGUCUGGUGUCUUCAGCUGAUGGUUCUGUUGGGUCUGUUAGGAGGUUUUCACAUCUACAUGAGACACACGUCAGGAAAGAAGCAGGAAGAUCAGAAAGUGAGGAUGAGAAGAUUUAGAGAAGGACCUGAACACACAGCAGAAGAUUCAUGAGAGCAGCAGCAGAUCAUCACAUCUAUGAGAAAUAACUUCAUAAUCUCACAGAUUCUCACAUAA